GCCGCGCCUCCCCCUGCUGCUGCUGCUGCUGCUGCUGCUGCUGCUGCAGCCGCCGCGGGUCCUCUCAGCUGGAGUCUGCUCCCAGUUACUCCUCCACCCAGCUGAUCCCGCCUGCCUCCUCCUGUGUUUUGAAACCAGUAUUGCUCACAUCACCAGUGACCAACAUUUGGCUGAGUCUCCCGGAUAUUUUCCAGUCCUUAUCUCACCAGCUUCUCUGUUACAUCACAGACAUCAUGCUACAAGAAGAGUAAUCUCUCCCCCCAUUUUGACAAUGGAAGACUCAGGGAAGACUUUCAGCUCUGAGGAGGAAGAAGCUAACUAUUGGAAAGACCUGGCUAUGACCUACAAGCAAAGGGCGGAGAAUACACAGGAGGAACUGCGAGAAUUCCAGGAGGGAAGCCGAGAAUACGAAGCUGAAUUGGAGACGCAGCUGCAGCAGAUCGAAACCAGGAACAGGGACCUGCUGUCGGAAAAUAACCGUCUCCGCAUGGAGCUGGAGACCAUCAAGGAGAAGUUUGAAACGCAGCAUUCUGAAGGCUACCGGCAGAUCUCGGCCUUGGAGGAUGACCUUGCCCAGACAAAAGCCAUUAAAGAUCAACUGCAGAAAUACAUCAGAGAGUUGGAGCAAGCCAACGACGACUUGGAAAGGGCCAAACGGGCCACCAUCAUGUCUCUGGAGGACUUUGAGCAGCGGUUGAAUCAAGCCAUUGAGAGAAAUGCCUUCCUGGAGAGCGAACUGGAUGAGAAGGAGAAUCUCCUAGAAUCUGUUCAGCGACUGAAGGAUGAAGCCAGAGAUUUGCGGCAGGAAUUGGCUGUGCAGCAGAAGCAGGAGAAACCCAGGACCCCCAUGCCCAGCUCGGUGGAGGCUGAAAGGACAGACACAGCUGUGCAGGCCACUGGCUCCGUGCCGUCCACCCCCAUAGUUCACCGAGGACCCAGCUCCAGCUUGAAUACACCCGGGACGUUCAGACGUGGUCUGGAUGACUCCAUGGGGGGGACCCCCCUCACACCGGCGGCCCGGAUAUCAGCCCUCAAUAUCGUGGGCGACCUGCUUCGGAAAGUGGGGGCUCUGGAGUCCAAACUUGCAUCCUGCCGGAACUUCGUGUACGAUCAGUCCCCAAACCGAACAAGUGGCCCAGGCUCAGGUCGGGGCAGCAAGAGCAGAGAUGGCGGCGACCGACGGCCAGGCGGCACCAGCGUGCCUCUGGGUGAUAAAGGGUUGGGAAAACGCCUGGAGUUUGGGAAGCCGCCUUCAAAUAUUUCCUCACCAUCGCUGCCAUCAGCCCAGGGUGUAGUCAAGAUGUUGCUUUAGGAAAUCCAUGAAGCCGAGCCCCCUGGUGUCCGUGUGGGAGUCAUUACCCUUCUUCUGUCUUUGAACUAGGUUUUUGUUUCGUUUUUUUUUUUUGUUUGUUUGUUUUUUU